AUGUUAGAAAGCCUAGAUUGCCUCCACUGGACAUGGGGUUGUUGUCCAAAUGCUCAUAAAGGUCAAUACACCCAAGGCAAUCAUGGUUAUCCAACCGUUAUACUUAAAGCGUUGGUGUCAUACGAAAUGUGGAUAUGGCAUGCAUUCUUUGGCUCAGCUAGCUCCCUUAAUGACAUCAAUGAUCUUAACAUUUCUCCGUUGCUUGACGACAUGUACAACGGGACUGCACCAGACUCCUCUUUUCAAGUAGCUGGAACAUUGUAUAGGAACGGGUAUUAUCUGGUGGAUGGGAUGUAUCUGGAGUGUGCUUGUUUUGUUAAGUCAUUGUCUUUUCCAAAUGAUCGGAAUAGGUUGAAGUUUAAGAGAGCACAAGAACGUGCGAGAAAUGAUGUUGAAUGA